AUGGUGUAUAACUAUCUUUUUACCUGCAAACAUGGUAAAGACUACAAUGUAAUAAAUAAUUUGCACGCCUUCGUUGUGCCUUCGGUUGGCCCAUCCAACGCCCAGCGCAUUGCAGCUGCUGCCUUGCGAUUGCGUGGAGCCUUGGUGCCUCGCAGCGCGGCAGGUUGGCGAAGCUUGGUGACUGUGAUGAUUGCACACAGUUAG